UUUUAAUUAAAUUUUCCUCUGAAAAAAUUUCAUCUUUUUAAGUGAUUCGAUUUUUCUCACUCGGAGCUCCGGGUUAAGAACCCGGUUAUUCAGAUCUGUGAAAAAGUUUCGAAUUUAUUUUGGAAAUUGAGAAAUCGCCGAUGUUGAAACCGUGGGGUGAUAUCGGCGCGUGGGCCGAUGAGGCCGAGCGUGCCGAGGAGGAGCAAGCUACGGCGGAUGCGCAGAGCUUCCCUAGCUUGAAGGAAGCUGCGACUUCCACCAAGUCUAAGAAGAAAAAGAAGAUGACUUUAUCGGAGUUCACCAAGGGUGGUUCUGUUGGAUUGACGAGGGAGCAGAUGAUUCAGCUUCCUACUGGGCCUAGGCAACGCUCUGAGGACGAAAUGCAGCGUGGUGGUAUUGGCGGAGGCUUCUCUUCUUACGGUGGAAGGUCUGGUGGGGGAAUGUCGAGAGAUCGAGAUGAUUCUAAUGGUGGUGGGAGGAGAGGUUAUGGCGGGUUUGAUGAUGAUCAGAGAGGGGGUUCUAGGGUUUCUGAUUUCCCACUGCAGUCUAGGGCUGAUGAGGCUGAUGAUUGGGGGAAAGGGAAGAAGUCGCUUCCGGUGUUUGAUCAGGGACGGCAAGGUCGUUAUGGUGGUGGUGGUGGUGGUGGCAGUUUUGGUGGUGGUAGUGGUGGUAGUUAUGGAGGUGGUGGUGGUGGAGGAGGCAGAUAUGGAGGUGGUGGUAGUGACAGUUAUGGAGGUGGUGGUGGUGGUGGAGGAGGCAGAUAUGGAGGUGGUGGUGGUAGUUAUGGAGGUGAUGGAGGUGGAUACUCUAAAGCUGACGGGGUUGAUAACUGGGGAGCAGGUAAAAGCCACGUGUCUCUCUCAAAACCAUCUACGUUUGGGUCAGGUGGUGAUCAGGAGGAGCGUCGUCGUCUUGUUCUUGAACCACGAAAGGCUGUUGUUGUUGAUAGUGGUGUGAGUGAGACUCUAACUGAAACUGGUGUGAAGACGAGUAAGGCUAGUCCGUUUGGAGCAGCAAGACCUAGAGAGCAAGUUCUUGCGGAGAAAGGAUUGGACUGGAAGAAGCUUGACUCGGAGAUUGAGGCUAAGAAGGGAAGCUCUCAAACGAGCAGACCAUCGAGCGCACAGUCGAGCAGGCCGUCAAGUGCUCAGUCUAAUAGGUCUGAGAGCUUAACGUUGGAGAAUGUGGUGAAGCCUAGACCGAAAGUGAAUCCUUUUGGGGACGCAAAGCCUCGGGAAGUGUUGUUGGAGGAACAAGGGAAAGAUUGGCGCAAGAUGGAUUCUGAACUCGAGCAUCGCAGAGUUGACAGGCCUGAAACAGAAGGAGAGAGACUAUUGAAGGAAGAGAUUGAAGAACUUCGGAAGAAACUUGACAAGGAAGCAACCAUCACAGCUGAUAGCAAAGAAUCUCAACAAGAAUCCGACAGCAAUAACCAUAACAUACCUGACAUUAUAAGCGCGAAAGAAAAAGAGCUGGAGUCACUGAUCCGUGAGCUAGACGACAAAGUCAGGUUCAGGCCAAGAGCAGUUGAGAGGCCUGGAUCAGGUGCAGGCAGCAGAACAGGCAACUAUUCCGAAAGACCUCAUUCCCGGGGUGGAUCAGUUGAAGAUGGUAGGAGUGUGGAAUUCAUGGAAAGGCCUAGAUCACGAGGCACAGGUGGUGAUGAUAGAAGAAACUUCCAAGGAAGCAAGGAACGUGGAUUCUUCAGCAACAGGAACGUCGACAGGUCAUCAUCGUCCAGGGAUCGAUGGUAAAAGAAGGAGACGGAAGAAUGAAUGUGGAAUGAGAUUUUGGAGUUUGGUUCCCAUAUUUUGAAGAAGCUUUAAUAAUAAAUAAUAUUUAAUAAUAAAAGAAAAAUUCAUCUCCUUUGAAUUCAAACCUAAUUUUGGGGGGACUAGUUUUAUGUUUUUGUAUUUGAUUCAUCUUCGGAAAUCGAAGCCUAAUGGUUUCUUCUCCUUUUAUUAUUCUUAAUUGUAUUUGUUUGUUCU